UAUUUGCAUUAAAAAAAAAAUAGUGAAUGGAUAUUAUAUUAUUACUUAAAAGUAGUCAAAGUAAUAUCCACGAGAGUAAAGAGAGGUGAAAGACCUUUGAAUUUCAACCAAAAGAACGUCAAAAACAACUCUAACAGAAUCCAUCCUAUAUUUAAGAAAACUCCCCACCAAAAACUAUUUACCAUGUCAUCAAAACGUUAAUUAAAGUGAUUGUUAGUAAAAAAUUUCCCCUUUUCCCCCUAAAAUUAAUUAAAUUACAUAAAUAAAAGCAAUUUAUAAGAUAAGGAUUUAAGGUUGAGCUAAAUUGUAGGAUUUUACCCAGCAUGUUCUCAGGAGGUGACGGCUCACGUACGGACAUGCCUAAUUCCAUCCAAAUAUCUAUAUUUGCCUUCUUCUUCCCCUUCAAUCCUCUAUGGUUCUUAUUACUUCUUUUCUCUCUCUUCUUUUUCUCUCUAAUGAAGCUUUGUGUUUUUCUCUAUUUCACUCUUUACCCUCUUUACAUACACAUAUAACAUAGUAAAACUUUUUUACUAGAACAUACAUAUUCAUUUUUAACCAAAUGUGCCCUAGUACACUUUUCUCACUCGAGAAGAAAUGAUCGUUUUUUCGAUACCAAGAGAGAUUGUUGAUCAUGUCUUUGCAAGAUGUCAUCGACCCUCCUCCUCCUCCGCCACCUCAUUCUUCUUCUUCUUCUCCUCCUCUUCCUUCAUCACGACCAACAGAUGAUCACAUUUCUGGCCCCUUAAUUGAUGAUAUUUCGAUCCCCAACAUCAGCGCUCAAAUCUUCGACUUUUGUAACACCGACCUAUUCACUGAUACCUUACAAAACUCUGAGGUCACUUCUAGUCCUAAUUGUUAUUGUUAUGAGGACCAGAACUCUUCCUAUGCUAGCGCGGUAGUUGAUGAAGAUAACAAGAACAAGUUUAGUACCGAAAACUUAGACAUAUAUAGUAGCUUACAAAAUGAUCAAAAUGCUACCAACGCUAGUACCUCCGGCAGCACCACCACAACCGCCAAUACCAUAGUGCAAGACCGUCACAACAACCACCAUAGUAGCGGCCUCUCUAUAAUCUUCGACCCCCGAGAAGAAAUCGACAAUGACAUAUCGGCCUCAAUCGAUUUCUCCCCCUCUCCACCCUUCUCCACAACCCCUCCAUACAACCUCAACCCAACCAACACCCAACAAGACCAAUACCAUCAUCUAUCCUUGAAUGAUGUUGCAAUAAGCAAUAGCCUUAACCAAUACCCUAACACAGUUGACCCUGUAGCACUCCCCCUCAUGGCGGUGGUCCCACCGCCUUUAGGCCCGGUUUUCGAGGAUGAUUGCCUAUCAUCAAUCCCACCUUUCCUAAGGCUAAACCCAUCAACAGGUGCCACUACUACCUCUUUUCUUGACCCUUCAAUGAGCUCUUUCCUGCAUGGGAAUCUAAAUCAUGGAUUAGGCGCUGAUAAUUCCGGUAUAUUCGCCGGAAGCUUGUUAAUGGCAUCGGAUUUACAACCAAAAGAACUGGAUUUUCAAGCAGAUAAUAGUGGAAUUUUCUGCCCUGAUCAAUUGCCUCGUUAUAAUUCAGGGGAUAUGCAGGCAUUUAGCAAUGAAAACUCGCAGUUGGUAAGUGCAGCAACAAGUUCAGCUCCAAUGACAACAGAAAUAGGAAAUUUGGAAGAAUCAAGCUUCAAAGUUGGCAAACUAUCUGUUGAACAGAGGAAAGAAAAGAUUCAUAGAUACAUGAAGAAAAGAAAUGAAAGGAAUUUCAGCAAGAAAAUCAAGUAUGCUUGCCGCAAGACAUUGGCGGACAGCCGGCCUCGGGUCAGAGGAAGGUUUGCAAAGAAUGAUGAUUUUGGAGAGAAUAAUAGGCAUAUCAACAACAAUGAAGAUGAUGAUUAUGAUGAUGUGAUGGUGAAAGAAGAAGAUGAAGUGGUAGAUUCCUCGGAUAUAUUUGCUCACAUAAGUGGUGUGAAUUCAUUCAAAUGCAAUUACCAACAUAUUCAAUCUUGGAUUUGAAUGUAAGCACUACACUUUAAAGAAGGCUUCUUAAUGAAAUUAGUCACACAAAUUAUAUUUUUGGUGGAAGGACAGACAUUUGGUAAAUGAUCAGGGUUUGUACACCUUCAAAUUCUGGAAUAAAUAACUUUUAAGGAAUAGGUUUUCUUGAAGUAAUAUUAUAAUACUAAAUGUAAUGAUAAUGUACUGUAGUUCUCUUGCGAUUUAGAAUGAGUAAAAUAACAAUGUAAUUUUGUAGGAAUUAUUGUUGUGUUAUCUCAUUUAUGUGGAUAUUAUAAUGCUUGUACUUUCCCAUAUUACGGGAUUUGGUGUAGAAUUUUCUAAAGUUUUGGUAAAUAAAGCAGUGAAGUUGUAGACUAUUGUUAAGUGCACCAAUUAACUUUUACAUCUAUUCUCGUUUGUUCUUGAAAGCAAGUUUUUUUUUUUUUUUUUUUUUUUUUUAAUCUAAUUGAAUGGAGCAUUAUCUCGAUAUACUUUUUCAUAUACUUUAUUCAAGAUAUCACCGUUCUUUUCCUGUUAAGAAAGAUAUACACCAUUUGUACCUAAUCAAUUGUCAUACACUCAUACUUGAUUACUUGACUUGAUUGUUAAUUUGUUAUUAGGGCAACUUGUUCACAAAUUGUCACAUUUACAUGAUUGCAUCCAGUUAUCACUUGUACCGCAUCAACACUAACAUGUGAUCAUUACCUAAAGUCCAAA